GCCCGGCUCUCUUGAGGGCAGCCCCGAAAAUGAAAGCCAGCCAGCCUCUCCGCCUGCGCCGAACCGAGUCCGCCGGGGCUGCCGAGGAGAGCCCGGGGAGCUGGCAGGGAGGGCCCGGCGGGGCUGCCGAGGAGAGCCCGGAGAGCUGGCAGGGAGAGCCCGGCGGGGCUGCCGAGGAGAGCCCGGGGGGCUGGCAGGGAGGGCCCGGCGAGGCUGCCGAGGAGGAGCCGUGCCCGGUGACACCGCCCCGGGAGGCCGCGGAAGGACGGGCCGAGAGGAGCGGCCCGGGCCGGGUUACACAGGCCGCGCCCAGGGCUGCGGAGGCCGAACCGCGCCCCAUGGAGCGGGGCGGGUUCCCGUGCGCUGCUCGGAGUCUGCGGGGAGCGGUGGGCAUGCUGGCCGGGCUGGCGGCGGUCGGCGGGCUCGCUGUUAUCUUCUACACUCAAGUAGCUGCGGGACAAAAAAUGUGUCCUAAGGGGGUGGAAAACUACGUGGCGUCCAUGGUGCUGAGUGCAGUUGGUGACACGGUGGCAUAUUACAACGGGAGGUGGGAGUUCCAGAAGAGUGGCCCAGUCAUCCACAAGGAGCUGGCAGACAUGGGGGGACUGGCCAACAUCAGCCUCCAGGGCUGGAUAGUCAGUGAUGAUACCGUGAUGCACUUGGCCACGGCCGAAGCCCUGGUAGCAGCUGGGAAAAACCCAACAUUACCACAUCUCUACACUCUGCUUGCAAGGAACUACAAGGAGUGUAUGAAUGACAUGAAGGGCAGAGCUCCAGGUACCAUGUCUGUGGAAAGCACCAUGAAGCUGGAUCCAGGGCGGCCGGAUGGUUGGCGGAUCCCCUUCAGCCCGCGGGCAGGGGGCUGUGGGGCUGCCAUGCGCGCCAUGUGCAUCGGGCUGCGCUUCUACCAGCCCACCCAGCUGGACACCCUGGUCAAAGUCAGCAUCGAGAGCGGCCGCAUGACCCACCACCACCCCACCGGCUACCUGGGGGCCCUGGCCUCAGCACUCUUCACUGCUUAUGCGGUGAACAGCGUGCCCCCCGUGGCCUGGGGGAAGGGGCUGAUGGAGGUACUGCCACUGGCAAAAGCCUACGUGCAGGAAUCCGGCUUCUUUGUGAAGGAGAACAUGGAGCAAUGGUAUUACUUCGAAGAGAAGUGGAAAAAAUACCUGGAGGAGAGAGGCAUCUCGGACGGGGUCUCGUCGCCCAAAUUCCCGCCCAAGUACGGCGUGGAAGAGAGAGACUCAUUCUACACCUCGCUCAGCUACAGCGGCUGGGGGGGCAGCAGCGGGCACGACGCGCCCAUGAUCGCCUACGACGCCCUGCUGGGCGCAGGGGACUCCUGGACCGAGCUGGCUCACCGCGCCUUCUUCCAUGGGGGGGACAGCGACUCCACGGCUGCCAUCGCCGCCAGCUGGUGGGGCGUCAUUCAUGCCUUCAAGGGGGUUCCCCCCUCCCUCUACGCCCACCUGGAGUACAAGGACCGCCUGGAGAAGGUAGCCAAGGACUUGUACAGCAUACUCUAGGCAGGAGAUGGCAGGGUACCCCACAGGCACACUUACCCGUGCUCUCUCGCUUGGUUUGCAGCACUGCCAGAUUAAAUCUCGAGAAUGUAAGCCAGAGCCAGACCUGCCUUUUCUCUGCGUGCUGGCUUCAGUGGGGAGGCCACAUCGGUGCUAAUUUGGGGCUGGUGGUUUGAUGGGAACACACAGUGGUCCCCCAAGACACCCCUCCUGCGCUGCAGGGUGGCUGCACAUCGUCUGGUCCUCAAGAGGAGCAGGAGCACCCACAGCAGCACUGAUGGUCCUGCUGCAGCAGCAGGACAGGCAGCAAACCCCACUCAGACCUCCCCAAACCAGCAUCCUCCCCCUGCAAGGGGAGCAGGGAGCACAAGCAAGUAGCCCAUUGUGUCUGGGGACAACAGAGCUUAUAAAAUUAUUUUAGCAGAGGAUGUUUUUUGUUUCAAAUGAAUGUGGAAAAAAACCCCAAACCUGACCUUAAAGCUGUGUGAGCAGCACAUUUUACCCAAUUCCACACCACUCCUGCAAUACAGGUAGGAGUGGUGCUACAUGCUGCUUCCCUAUUUCAGUGAAUAUGGGAGAAUUCAAGACUCCUGACCAAAUCCUUUCUUAAGGCAAAAGUGGGUAAGGAGAAUUAAACAGGUUGCAUUGUACAUCAUCUUCUGUAGUGAACUAUAUUCUGCUUUCAUCAAGGUUACUAAAAGUAAUUUGCUUAACAUUUGCUAUGCAUAAUUCUAUUAAAGUAAGGUUUUUCUUCAAAUCCAGACUAUGACACAGCAAAGUACUUUUACUGUUUUCAGAACAAUUUCAAAACCAGUGUGUUCAAUAAAAAGUCCUAAGAGGC